GCACACGAUUGGCUGAGCAUCAACCACAGGGAAUGGGCUGCAGGACAUCCACAACACUGUCCCGUGUAACGCAGUUUCCUCCAUGGUGAUCGGCGCGGCACUCCAGUAACCACCACGUAUUUUUGUUGCAAACAUAUCCGGCACAGAAUCUGACAUGAAGCUCUGCUCCGCUCUUCUGCUUUGCCUGGCAGCAGCCCUGUCAUCUGCAUUUGUGAUUUCACCUCCACACAUGUGGACCAAACUGAUCCUGACCCACCACUGGCCGAACACAUUCUGUAGAACGGAGCAGCCAGCUUGUCAUCCCAACAUUAGCUACUGGACACUACAUGGACUUUGGCCAGACAAAGGGAUCGACUGCAAUUCAUCGUGGCAUUUCAACUCUUCUCUAAUCGAGGACCUGCUUCCAGACAUGAAGAAGAGUUGGCCUGACUUGCUUAACCCCUUGUCUGCUUCAUUCUGGAAGUAUGAGUGGCACAAACAUGGCACAUGUGCAGCCAAAGCAGCUUCUCUGAAUAGUCAACAUAAAUACUUCGGCAAGGCACUGGAACUAUACCAUAAAUUGGAUUUGGACAGCGUCCUGAAGAAGUUUGACAUCAUCCCUUCAGAAACAUACUACAAACUUUCACAAAUUGAAGGAGUCAUAGAGAACUUCUACAGCAUCAAACCUAAGAUCCAAUGUGUCCAUCCAUCAAAGAACGCUGAUUUCCAGAUUUUGGGGCAGAUUGAAAUCUGUUUUAACCCUGACUUCACCCUCAUGGACUGUGAGAAAUAUGUUACCACGGAGAAGAUAUCUAAGGGAGACUGGGGCAAUCUCAUUGCUGAUAAGGCAUCUGGGUUCAGUGUGUGUGACCAUGAUGUGCCAGUUUACUACCCACUACUUCCAUAGAACACAUUUAUGUGCUGACUGAAACGCAACAGCUCCCUCCAACCCUACUUUAACAAACCCAAAGACAUAACAACUAAAACUGUACUGUGAUUAAGCAUGUGCGCACACACUGACGUAACCAUUAUUAGAUUUCCCCCAGGCUUAACACUGAACAUCAUAGCUUUAAUGAGGAAUGUCAGAUACCCCCACACAAUCAGUGCAGUCAAGAAACAUUUUUGACAGGUAUCUGAUAAGAAAUCCCCUUGAAGUGCAUUGCUCUUUUUAUAUCCUACAAAGACCAGGACACACACUUCACUACUACGUGGUGCUUUAAUGGACUAGAUAAAUAUAGUAUAUGGUGUAAUGAGUAAAUUCUACAUCGUUCUGUUUUAGUAUACGAGUCCAAAUACCCAAAUACUUUGCUAUGGAAACCUCACGACGCACACUAAACACAAUACAGCACACAAGACGUCAUAGAAGUUUGUUUAUACACCAUUUCUGGUAGAUAAAAUACUUGUUUCUCAAGGAUGUAGCAAAUUAUCUAGUGAACACUACUUAAUCCCCAGCUGAUUUGUACAAUUACUUGUUUCUAUUGACGCUGUUUGAUUAUUGCUGUUUUUUGUGCAUAGAUAAAUACAUUUCCUGUAAGAUGAAAGGUCAAAUUGUAAUUGUAACUAAGCUGCAGUGGGCAAAUGCUGUGGUAUGAAAUUACUGAAAUUGACAUUUGUACUGUCAAUGAAUUAAAUGUCAAUAAAACAUUGGAUAUCAAGUCAA